UAACUGUCUCCAAAACAAAAAAUAGAGACACACUUAAUUUCAACUUUUGCACACAAUUUCAGAUUCUCUCUACACUCAAUAUUCUUUCAUCUUGCUUGCAAAUUAUCAACGAUCCAUUCUUUCAUUUCUUUACAAAUCUUGAAACAUUUACCAUUCAUUUCAAGAAAAAGUAAAUUCUUGUCAUGAAUCUUGAAAUGAUUACUGAAUAAUAUUACAUAUAAUCAAGAAACUCAAUUCUUGAUAUCUUUUAUAUAAAUUGGUAACAAAAUAUAGUUUCUUUAAAUCCUCCAAAGAUGAAUAUUACCUAAACAAUCAAGAAACUGAUUCUUGGUAUUGCCUGAUUCUUGAUAUUUUUAUACUUUCUUGAAAGAGGAAUAUUACAUAAAUAAUCAAGAAACUAUACAUCUUGCAAAUCUUUCUCUAGUUUCUUGAAAUUCUUGAAAAAUGGCAGCUGCUUUUGCCGGAGCCGACUUGGCAAGGCAAAUGAGCAGUAGCAGAAUGAGCAGCGGCCGAAUGAGCCGGCUUAGGUCGGCAAGCGUACGAGAAUUAUGGAUGGAGCCCGACGUGUUUCAGAGAAGUUCGCGGCGGUUGGAGGCUUUUGAUGAUGAAGAAGAGCUAAAGUGGGCAGCCAUAGAAAGACUGCCAACUUAUGAUAGAAUGAGAAAAGGUGUGCUCACACAAGUGAUGAGUAAUGGUAGAAUGAUGAGUAAUGAAGUUGACAUGACAAAACUUGGAGCUCAAGAUAAGAAGCUUUUAAUGGAUAGUAUUCUUAAAGUUGUUGAGGAUGAUAAUGAACAAUUCUUGACCAGGCUCAGGAAUAGAACUGACAGGGUAGGAAUUGAAAUUCCAGCACUUGAAAUCAGAAUUCAGAAUUUUUCAGUUGAGGGAGAUGCAUAUGUUGGGACUAGAGCACUUCCAACUCUGUUUAAUUCAACCUUAAAUGCUAUUGAGGCUGCAUUUGGGAUGAUUGGGCUUUCUCCAUCAAAGCAAAGGACAGUGAACAUACUACAAGAUGUGAAUGGAAUUGUAAGGCCAUCAAGAAUGACUCUGCUUUUGGGGCCUCCUGCUUCAGGAAAAACAACACUGCUAAAAGCACUUGCAGGAAAACUUGAUAAAGAUUUAAGGGUAACUGGAAAAGUCUCAUAUUGCGGGCAUGAUCUUUUAGAAUUUGUACCUCAAAGAACUUGUGCUUAUAUCAGUCAGCAUGAUCUUCACUAUGGUGAAAUGACAGUCCGUGAGACAUUAGAUUUCUCGGGGCGUUGCUUGGGAGUCGGAUCAAGGUACGAAAUGUUGUCCGAGCUUUCGAGACGAGAGAUAGAAGCAGGAAUCAAACCAGAUCCUGAGGUUGAUGCAUUCAUGAAGGCUACUUCUGUUUCUGGCCAAGAGACUAGUUUGAUUACAGAUUAUGUUCUUAAGAUACUUGGAUUGGAUAUAUGUGCAGAUAUCAUGGUGGGAGACGACAUGAGAAGGGGUAUAUCCGGGGGACAAAAGAAGCGUGUGACGACCGGAGAAAUGCUGGUUGGACCGGCAAAAGCAUUUUUCAUGGAUGAAAUCUCAACAGGAUUAGAUAGUUCCACAACUUUUCAAAUCAUCAAAUUCAUGAGACAAAUGGUUCAUAUUAUGGAUGUUACUAUGGUCAUUUCUCUAUUACAGCCAGCACCGGAAACAUUUGAUCUCUUUGAUGAUGUAAUACUACUGUCGGAAGGCCAAAUUGCAUACCAAGGUCCGCGAGACAAAAUCCUCGAUUUCUUCGAAUACGUCGGAUUCCGAUGUCCUGAAAGGAAAGGCAUUGCUGAUUUCUUACAAGAAGUGACUUCCAAGAAAGACCAACAACAAUAUUGGUACAGAAAGAAUCAAAUUUACCGAUACAUAUCAGUAUCAGAACUCGUACAAGCCUUCAAUACGUAUCACAUUGGUCAGCAUCUCUCGACUGAUCUUCGUAUCCCGUUUGAUAAAUCGACAACACAUCCAGCUGCAUUGGUUAAAGAAAAGUACGGUAUAUCAAAUAUGGAACUUUUCAAGGCGUGUUUCGCCAGGGAAUGGCUUCUGAUGAAACGGAGCGGGUUUAUAUUUAUAUUCAAAACCGUUCAGAUUACGCUAAUGGCUACGAUUGCGUUGACGAUGUUCUUGAGAACCGAGAUGAAAGCGGGUGAACGAAGAAAUGCGGGGAAAUUUUGGGGAGCAUUGUUUUUUAGUUUGAUAAAUGUGAUGUUUAAUGGAAUGGCAGAGCUUGCAAUGACAGUUUUUAGGCUGCCUGUGUUCUUCAAGCAGAGGGAUUUCUUGUUUUAUCCUGCUUGGGCCUUUGGAUUGCCAAUUUGGCUGACUAGAAUUCCACUUUCUGUGAUGGAAUCUGCAAUUUGGAUUAUUCUUACUUACUAUUCCAUUGGAUUUGCACCUGCUGCUAGUAGGUUCUUUAAACAAUUGCUAGCUUUAGUUGGUGUGCAUCAAAUGGCUCUAUCUCUAUUCCGAAUGAUAGCAGGAAUUGGAAGAACAGAAGUAGUUGCUAGUACACUUGGUUCCUUUACCUUGCUCAUCGUUUUUGUACUUGGUGGCUACAUUGUUUCAAGAAAUGACAUUUCAACAUGGAUGAUAUGGGGCUACUAUGCUUCUCCUAUGAUGUAUGGCCAAAAUGCAAUUGCAAUCAAUGAGUUUCUUGAUGAUAGAUGGAGUACUCCAACCGGAAAUCCUGAUGAGCCCACAGUGGGAAUAUCACUGCUGAAAGAAAGAGGAUUAUUCACCACUGAGAAAGCAUAUUGGAUUUGUAUCGCAGCUCUGUUCGGAUUCUCUAUUCUUUUCAAUCUUCUCUUCAUCUUGGCCUUGACAUAUUUAAAUCCUUUUGGCGAUAAUAAAUCAAUAAUUGCCGAUGAUGAUUCCGAUCGUGGGCGCCAGGCGGCCUCUAAUUCCGAAGGAAUCAAUAUGGAAGUUAGAAAUGCUCGAGGGAAUGGCGGAAGUGGGGAUCAAUCUGGAAGGGGAAUGGUUUUGCCCUUCCAACCACUUGCACUUGCUUUCAACAAUGUGAAUUAUUAUGUUGACAUGCCUGCUGAAAUGAAGAGUGAAGGCGUCGAAGAAACCAGACUGCAACUCCUACGAGAUGUUAGUGGCGCUUUUAGGCCUGGAGUUCUAACAGCAUUAGUUGGUGUGAGUGGUGCUGGAAAGACAACACUGAUGGAUGUGUUAGCAGGUAGGAAAACAGGCGGAUACACUGAAGGAAGCAUUAGCAUUUCUGGCUACGCAAAGAACCAAGCAACAUUUGCAAGAGUCAGUGGUUAUUGUGAACAGAAUGACAUCCAUUCGCCAUAUGUUACAGUUUACGAAUCUCUCUUAUACUCUGCCUGGCUUCGUCUUGCUGUUGAUGUAAAUACAGAAAGUCGAAAGAUGUUUGUGGAGGAAGUAAUGGAGUUGGUUGAACUUAAACCCUUAAGAAAUGCUAUAGUUGGUCUUCCAGGAGUCGAUGGUCUUUCGACGGAACAGAGAAAAAGGCUGACUAUAGCGGUAGAGUUGGUUGCUAAUCCAUCAAUUAUAUUCAUGGAUGAACCCACAUCAGGUCUAGAUGCUAGAGCAGCUGCAAUCGUUAUGCGUACAGUUCGGAAUACAGUUGAUACAGGAAGAACUGUUGUUUGUACUAUUCACCAACCCAGCAUUGAUAUCUUUGAAGCUUUUGAUGAGCUCUUGUUGAUGAAAAGAGGAGGACAAGUUAUAUAUGGAGGACCUCUUGGCCGCCAUUCGCAUAAGCUCGUUAAAUAUUUUGAGUCUGUUCCAGGUGUUACCAGGAUCAAAGAAGGUUAUAAUCCUGCUACUUGGAUGUUAGAAGUAACUACAACUACUGUUGAAGCUCAACUUGAUGUUGAUUUUGCAGAAAUCUAUGCCAAUUCCGAUCUGUAUAGGAGAAAUCAGGAGCUAAUAAAAGAUAUUAGUACUCCGCAGCCAGGUUCUACGGAUCUCUACUUCCCUACUCAGUAUUCCCAAAGCUUUAUUACUCAGUGCAAGGCUUGUUUCUGGAAACAAAACUGGUCGUAUUGGCGAAACUCCCGAUACAAUGCCAUCCGAUUCUUUAUGACCAUUGUAAUCGGAGCAAUGUUUGGUGCUAUCUUCUGGGGAAAAGGAGAUCAAAUAGGAACACAACAAGAACUGACCAAUCUACUAGGAGCUACUUAUGCUGCUAUUCUUUUCCUUGGAGGAAGCAAUGCUUCUGCUGUGCAAUCUGUUGUAGCAGUGGAGAGAACCGUUUUCUACCGCGAAAGAGCAGCAGGGAUGUAUUCAGAAUUGCCUUAUGCAUUUGCUCAGGUGGCUAUAGAGACGGUAUACGUUGCAAUCCAAACUAUGAUUUACACUCUUAUAUUAUACUCAAUGAUUGGGUAUGAGUGGGAUGUGACAAAAUUCUGCUAUUUCUACUACUUCAUCUUCAUGUGCUUCACCUACUUCUCAAUGUAUGGAAUGAUGGUUGUGGCUCUUACUCCUGGUCAUCAAAUUGCUGCAAUUUGUAUGGCCUUCUUCUUGAGUUUCUGGAACUUGUUCUCCGGUUUCCUCGUCCCCAGACCUCUAAUUCCAGUAUGGUGGAGAUGGUACUACUGGGGUUCUCCGGUGGCCUGGACAAUUUACGGAAUAUUGGCAUCCCAAUUUGGUGACAAGACAACUCUCGUCAAAAUUCCUGAAACAGCAUCAGUUCCUGUAAAUGAAUUCCUGAAGAAAGGUUGGGGUUUUGAUCAUGAUUUCCUUAUACCUGUUGUGGUUGCUCAUGUUGGCUGGGUUUUACUCUUCUUCUUUGUCUUCGCUUAUGGCAUUAAGUUUCUGAAUUUCCAGAGAAGAUAGAUUACACUUUUUUUUCUUUUAUAUUUAUAUGUAGAGAAUUGUAGGCAGAACUUCAAACUGUAGAAAAUCUCAUAAAAGAGAGGAAAAAUAGACAUAAUGUCACUUCUGUAUAUCUAUUUUUUGUCUUAAUCAUUAGUGUGUAUAGUUUUGUUUUGUUUUCCAA